GCUGCUGCUACUGUGUCAGGCCUGUGUACAAGAGACACAGGACAUCUUGGGACUGAGAGAAUUAUCUAGAAUGGAGAAGGACAACCCCCCACACUUGGUGACCCCCACAUCCGUCAAGGCCAUUCUCUCAAAGAUUGAGGCUGCCCAGCUGAUUCGGACUCAGGAGGACAUUUCCACCCAGCUCUCAGACAUCUUGGACAAUGUCAACUGUGCCAUCAACCGCUUCCAGAAAGAACUGGGAUAUGAUUUAAAAGAGAAGGCAAAACCUCACCAGCCAGAGCAGAAAGGCAGGAAGAGAUUCAUCUUGCUGAAGAAAAUCGCCUCCUUCUCCAAAGAUGCUAAGGCUAAAGAAAACCACCUGUGCGACAUCCUCCGCUGGCUGGGUGACUGGGGUGACAGUCUGACCUAUGAGAUGAAAAACAGGAGGAGUGCGGAGGAAGAGGAAGCCCUGGAUGAGUGGAUGGAGGUGAUAGAGAAAGUGCUGCCUCUCUCCCUCAUGGCCACCAAAGGAGGCAUGGAGUCGCUCAUCUCUCUUUGCUCCACUCUCAUUGAAGAACAAAAGAAAAGGACACAAACAUCCAAACAUAACUUCUGGCAGGAUUGGCGGGAGAAGAGACCACAGACGCCCCCAGUGCCCCCUCAGCCACUGAGCCCGGAGCAGAUGCUGCAGGACAAGAGCACCACCAUCACAGAGGUCUCAGAGGUGAAGUCUAUGCUACAGGAACUCCUCGACUCCAGCAUGUUUAACAAAGGGGAGGUCAAGGCCAUCAGGUACAUGUCCACCGUGGUGGAGAACCUCAGCAAGGCCUUGAUACUCCAGCACAAGGAGAACAGGAGGCUGGAGAGCAAGUGCAAGCACCUGCAGGUGGAGAUGACUAAGGAGCUCAGCAGCCAGAGGCUGUACUUCCAAAAAUCCAUCCAAGUCCUCAAGAGCAAAAGGGAUGCGCUGCUGAAACAGGUAGAGGUCCUAGGGGACAAGUACCACGACCUCCUCAUGAUAAAGCAGGCCCUGGAAUUCCAGCUGAAGACGGUUCAGUCUGCUGGGGGUCUAGAAGAACCAGAUCAGGCCUUGGUCGGCACACCCCCGGAAAAAGAGACCCUUCUAGAGGAACCCCGACAGGAGCUCACGGGGGAAGGGUAUUUGUUUUCACCAUUCUCCCUAAGUCCCCUGGCCAAGGCCUGGGACAGUGGCACUGUCCCUUCAACACAUGAGCCACUCUUCGCCACGGCCACAGACUCAAGGGUUGAAGACGUGUUCAGCAAGCACCUCGAGCCUGUGCUGCUGCACUCGGAGGUCCCCCAGUUUUCUACACAGUGGGAAAAACUGGUCGAAAAAGCCCCAGAUCCUGAGGGCAAAGUCCAGGAGGACGGCUGCUUCCAAGAGAAGGAAGGAGUCCAAAGUAAGUCCUAUGCCGAGAAGUCCCCAGGGAGCUCCAGGAGGAUGCUUGUGGAGGACCACAAAAAGCACUGGGAGGAGGAAGAGCGCAGCUGGGAGACAAGGAGGCAGCAGUGGCUGCAGGAGGAAGAAAUGUGGCUUCAGCGACAGAAGAAGUGGGCCCUGUUGGAGCAGGAGCACCAGGAGAAGGCCCGGCAGUGGGAGGCGGAGGCAGCCGCCAGGCAGCAGUGGCAGAGAUUUACCCAGCCGGAAGAGAAGAAACGGAGCCCCAGGAGGGCAAGUGCAGAGCAGAAGGAAGGUUCCGAGAAGCUGAUCUUCACACCCACCAGCCGGUGGAGGAACUUGGAAAAGUCAGAGGCAGCACGGGCACCUCCCCAGUGCCGGGCCCAGUCUGCUCGCCAAAACAGGAGGCCGCACUUAGCCUCGUCGGAACAUGGCCAGCAGCCUGGCCAGGGAGACCAGAGGCCCCAAAGCUCAGCUGAGUUGAUGCACACGCCACGGGCCCGCCAGGCUUCUGCUAAGCCCAAGAAAUGUGCUUCCUUCCCGGUCUCUGGGACAUUGAUCCGAAGGGUGACCCGGUCCUCUCUGCAGAAAGUCCCAGAAACCCCCAAGGACAAGGUAUACCAUCUAGCCAUGGCAGCUCAGUUGAAGAACCUUCAAAUUCUGGGGGGUUUGGAAUUGGAGUUGGCACUGCCACAAUGCCUGCGCAGCAAGGCCCUAGAGGUCACCGCCAUCACCAUGGAGCUGAGCACCCUCAGGCUGCAGCACCUAUGCAAGAAAUACAUCUACUACAGACACUUCCAGAGGAUCCGACAAGAAGUGACCAAACACAUAGGAGCCACCCAGCAAAUGAAGGUCGCCUAUAAGGCCCGCAGUCUCCACGUGUUCCUGGAAAACAUUGACCGACUGCAGAGCGUCAGGCUGCGGGCCUGGACUGACAAGCAGAAGACACUGGAGGAGAGGCACCAGGAAUGCCUGCAUACCAUGGUGGCCAUGUUCCCCAAGCUCCAGCAAGACUGGAACAUCCACCUGAGCAUGCCUGUGGUCACCUCAGCAAAGCCAGGGAAAUGCAAGUCACCUCCAGUCUUACUCCAGAGAGUCCGUUCCAGCAGUUCCUCCAACAAGCAACCCCCUCCGCGUAAGCACCAGGAAUCUGUGGCCCUGCGGAUAGCCAGGCAACAAGGAAACCGGAUGGAAGCCAUCUGGAAAGCUGAUGUGGCCUCUUCAAGUCACCCAAUAGAAAAGAAGACGCCUGCAAGCCCUCCCUGGGGCCAGCUAGGGGGACACCCAGAUAUCCCCAGGCUGCUGGCACUGGAAGAGCACCCCUCGCACCACAGAAGCGUGAUGCCCCUUAAGGCUCGCUCCUUCAGUGCCCCGGUGACCCAAAGAAAGGAAUGCCAGGAACUCUCGGAGGACCUAUCUGAGCUUGUCCGAAAAAUGUCCAGUCAGUCCCUCCCUGGAUCCCUACAAGGCCGGAAGGACCGGGCAGCUCCAGUUCCCACUUAGUUACUGAGCCUCACACUCCCCUGUUACUAAAGACCUCACAGCGGCGAGCUACUGAUGCGGGUUCCCAGCUGGUGGUUUUAAACACACACGGCUGUUGCUAAGUGUCCUAGAAUUUUGAGAAACACUAUUUUC